UGUUCUCGGCAGGCAUCAACGAUCCUCUCUCCGUUUGACAAUCCACCAGACGCAUCGCCGUCGGCUCUUCUCGACCUUGCAAACGCCGUCUUUGCGGCCUCUCUCCUUCGCGCACGCCGCAGCUCCCUCCGUUAGACCACUCCUCCCCGACCCUCUCCAGCACCAUGACAACCCCAGCCCCAGCUUCCCCGACCAACUUCUACGGGACGAUCAUGGCCAUCCCCUCGUUGAGCGUGCUCUUCGGCAACAGCCUGUACUCGUCCAUCUUCAAUGACCCCGAAAACCAGUCGAUCAUCAACUCGGUUGUGGCCCAGUACAGCGACCUACUCGACGGCCUCGCCAUCACCACUACGGGCACAGCCGCCACCGCGACCGGCGCCGGCAUCACUUCUCGGCCAACGAAGCCGUCGGCUGUGACCGGCCAGCCUGUACGCACGGGCACGACGACAGUGUACGAGACUGUCCCGCCGUCCCCUGGCGGCGGGGCGCCGAUCGGUGCCAUCGUCGGUGGCGUCGUGGGCGGUGUCCUCGCCCUCGUCCUUCUCGGCGUCCUCAUCUUCUGCUGCCGCCGUCGCCGCAAGGCCAUGACCGAGCGCGACUUCCUCAUCGACGACGAGCACCAGUUGGUCCACCAAGUCAACCCGUACCAGCCUGCCACCCCGCAGCUGUCCCACCCCCCGUUGCACCCGCCGCAGCCGUACAACAAUGACCCCAAGGGCAUCAUGCUGUCGAGCGGAGAGGCCUCCCUCACCAGCGGCUACCAGUCCGGCUACACUUCGUCCUAUGCACCGGCAAGCGGCUCCUUCUCCGCUCCUUCUGCCUCCUCCACCUCACCUUAUGCGGAUUCUGUGCCCGCUCCUACCAAAGUGCCGCCCACGUCCGCACCCGCCCCCUUGGUUGAGCACGCCGUCGACGCCGGAUCCGUCCCCGUCCCGUCACCGGCGCCUAACACCGAAAUCCUCCCGCCAAUGUACGACCCGUCCUGGUCAGACGCGCAGCGGCGAUGAGCGAGACUGCGCGCGGGGCGUGGGGCCUGUCGCGCGUGAGUCCGUGAGCAGAUGGGGCGGUGCGUAUGUGUUAUGUUCAUUGUAUAUCAAGAUCUGCGAC